GGAAGUGCGUCGCCAUACUUCCGUGUUGUAGUUGUUUCAGUAAAAGGGAAAAAGGCGGGUAAGUCGUGUUUUCUGUUGUUGUUUUCACGCACAAAGACACUGUAAUGGCGGCGAAGAGAGGAGCGCUCAUUGUCCUGGAGGGAGUGGACAGAGCCGGGAAAACCACGCAGUGUAAGAAGCUGGUUCACGCGCUGCAGCAGAGCGGGCGACCCGCCGAGAUGAUGCGCUUCCCCGACAGGACCACGACUAUCGGUCAGCUGAUCAGCGCUUACCUGGAGAAGAAGAGUGAGCUGGAGGACCACACUGUUCACCUGCUCUUCUCUGCCAACCGCUGGGAGCUCGCACCUGUGAUGAAGAAGAAGCUGGAGCAGGGCAUCACUCUGGUUGUGGAUAGAUACGCCUUCUCUGGAGUUGCUUUCACCAGUGCUAAGCCGGGUUUCUCUCUGGACUGGUGCAUGAAACCUGACGUAGGACUGCCAGAGCCCGACCUGGUGAUGUUUCUACAGCUCAGUCCCACUGACGCUGCGCUCAGAGGCCAGUUCGGAGAAGAGCGAUACGAGACCAGUGUUUUCCAAAGAGCGGUGCAACAGAAAUUUGAACAUCUGAUGAAGGAUCCUUCCGUUAACUGGCAGGUAAUUGAUGCUUCUCAGAGCAUUGAAGACGUGAACAAAGACAUCACCUCCCACAGCCUGAAUACAGUCGACACGGCCCAGAACCUGCCACUGGGAGAGCUAUGGAAGUGAACGUUGUCGCGGGGGGGGAUUUUUCAACCUGUGUGAGUCCGGUUUGACCAGCAGCAAUAGCUAUGAUGUGAUCCUAUGGGGCAAUUGGAGCAUUACAUUCAACUACACCAAAAGUUUUCGUAUUGAAUUGUAUUUUUGUACAUUAUCUGCUGUAAUUAAUCACUUUAUCGGUCACAACUUGACUGAAAGCAGAAAGUGUUUUUGCUACGAUAAAGAAAAAUACGCAAUUUUCCAAGAUCUGUUUACCAAAAACAUGCAGAUCUGGGGAUAAAUUGCCUGUAGGUGUGAAUGUUAGAGUGGAUGGUUGGUUGUGUCCAUGUCCCUGUAGGCUUUACCCCGCCAUUUGCCCCAUGUCAGAUGGGAUCAUCAACCUUCAUGUGGUUUAUGAGGAUAAAGCGGCAGAAGAUGAGUGAGUGAGUGAGUGGUUGGGAUUUUAUUUUUUUCGAUUUUUAAUCCUUUUACAUGUCUAUCAUUGCUUCACCUGUCUAUAUAUUGUGUAGAUUAAAUAAAUAAUCUUUAAAUGAACAAGUGUAUAUGUUCAAACUUGGCAUGGAAUAAUUAACACAA